AUGAGCGUCCCAGUGGCUCCCAAGAAGCCGUCUUACACUCCGUUGCGGGACGGCAGAAACGGCACAAAAAAUAACGAGGGUCUCCUGAGUCUAGGGGACCCCAAUGCCAAUCCCAUCAUGUUGGGGGUCAGCUGCUCACAGGAGGAGCCUGAGACUCGGCAGGGCCUGGCCGAGGAGACGGGAAGUGCACAUUCGAAUGAGCAGGAACGCCGAGCCCAAUUCCAGAAGGAGCUUCUGCAACUUCAGGGCUUUGGGAAAGGACCCCAGGCUGGUUCUGCCGGCCGGAGAGAUCUUUACCUUCCUCCGGCCCUUCAGCAGGAACUAAGCGAUGCGCCUGUGCAGGGGAGCAGCCCGGAUCUCCUGCAGGUCCCGUGCAGCGUUCGGGGGCCGAGUCCGUCAAGUUGGAGGGGUUUGAUGGGUGAGGUGGGUCCGGAGAGUCUGGCUAAAAGGGAUGCAGAAAUCGCCCGGCCUGUGCCCAAGGACAAAUUGGCCAAGACCCUUGACAACGAGGAGUUGAGAAGACACUGUCUGGGAAGGGCCAGUGGCUCUGGGAGCCUCACUCUGCAGCACACACAGUCUGCUCGGCUGCCUGUCCCUGAGGCCCGGGCUCCUGUGUCUGAGCGCGGGGAGGGGCUGCAUGGGAUACUGAUGGACCCCUGCCCCAGGGCAGCCUCUCCUCCCGCUGCCAGUACCUCCGAGGGAAAGAGUGUGCGUCCUCCUAAACCAUCUACCUCAGAAGCCAAGGAGCCCGCCCUCUCUGAGACCCAGAAGGAGGGCGCCCAAGUCCUGAAUGUUUGCAACGAGCACAUGCCACGUUCUGCCCACCUGGAGCCUGCUCUCCUCUCAACCUCAGCGGCAAAGGAAACCCUGAGUAAAUCAGAAGCACAAUUAGGGCAGGGAAACGGGGAGCCCAAGCCGGAGCUGAAAUCCACUCAUGCCAUGGCUGGACAGGAGUUAAAGGCGAGCCAGACAGGGGGCCUGGGAUGUGACAAGGACCUGAAGGGACCGUGCAGGGAAGCACAGAAGGAAGCCACCGGUGGAGCUGGUGGUCUCUCCAGCAGCAGCCUGCACCAUGUUGGGGUGGGAGGAGGCAGUGGCGAGGAGAAGACAGGGGCCACCCUGAAUGAGGAGGGCUCUCUCUAUACCAACCCUGCUUCCUUGGAAGCCACCGAGAGUCAGCACACUGGCAAAAGCUCCCCAGAUGCAGGUGGGACCCUGGGUGAAAGGGUAUCCAGCAACUCUGCCCCAGGGGACGGCCAUGUAGGUUUUACUCCUAAGGAUCACAUGGACAGGCAAUUCCUGGGCAUCAGUGAGGAGAAGAGGAGGCUGGCCAGUGGGAACAAGGCCAGUGCCGUGGUGCUGGCAUCAGACUCUUUCCUGGGAGCAAGCACACCUGCAGGCCUGGAGUGCCUGGACCCUCAAAAUGGCCAUUCAGAAGCAGCGGAAAGCAAAGGGAUCACUCCAGCGAUGGCAGAAAGUGGGAAUCUUCUAGAAAAUGCAGCUAGAGCUGAAAUCCCCCCGGUGGGAGCAGAUUCAAUUCCCAACAUGCCAGCACCCCCACACCCAGAGACAACUGUGAACGUGACCCACCAGCCUCCACCACCCAGCAGCAGUGUUCAGGAGCUCGGCGUGUUCCGUGUGGACACGGGGUCAUCCUCGGCAGCCCCACCCGCCACCGACAGGGCGGAGUUGUUGGACACAUCCCCAAAAGUGCCUGACAAGGACACCUGCCCCAGGGGGAUCCCCAAGCCUGUCCUCACGCAAUCCAAGGAUGCAGCUUCCUUGCAGGAGGGUGUGGAGAACCAUCAGGCUGAUAAGACAGAAGAAAGGACAGAAACCAAGCCCCUCCUCAUGCCCAAGCCGAAGCACGUGAGGCCCAAGAUCAUCACGUACAUCCGGAGGAACCCUCAGGCCCUGGGCCAGGUGGACACUUCCCUGGUUCCCAUGGGGCUCCCAUAUGCCCCGCCCACGUGUAGCGUGCCUCUUCCCCAAGAAGAGAAGGCAGCGAGUGGUGACCUCAAGCCAUCCGCCAACCUCUAUGAGAAGUUCAAGCCCGACUUGCAGAAGCCACGGGUCUUCAGUUCUGGGUUGAUGGUGUCUGGGAUCAAGCCCCCAGGACAUCACUUCAGUCAAAUGGGUGAAAAGUUUUUGCAGGAGGUCACAGACCAUCCAGGCAAAGAGGAAUUUUGCUCUCCUUCCUAUUCUCAUUAUGAAGUCCCUCCAACUUUCUAUCGAUCUGCCGUGCUCCUUAAGCCCCAGUUGGGAUUGGGCGCCAUGUCUCGCCUGCCGUCUGCCAAGAGCAGGAUUCUGAUCGCCAGCCAGCGGUCUUCAGCGAGCGCCAUCCACCCACCAGGACCCAUAGCAGCCGCCGCCAGUCUCUACAGCACCGAUCCUUCAGCAGAUUUAAAGAAAGCCUCCAGUUCCAAUGCUGCAAAAUCCAGUCUACCGAAGUCUGGACUCCGUCCUCCUGGCUAUUCACGUCUCCCAGCAGCCAAGCUGGCGGCAUUCGGCUUCGUGCGGAGCUCCAGUGUCUCCAGCACCCAGUCGGUGGACAGCGCGCAGCCCGAGCCCAGCAGGCCGGCCAGCCGUCCAACCUUUGCUAAUGAAGAACAGCCAGGCCCGAAGGCAGCUCUGCCUGCCAAAGAUGCACCCAAGGGGACCAGCCGGGUGGCCCCUCCGGCACCCUCCAACAUGACGCCAGCCCGAAGGAGCUUACUGCCCGCACCAAAGUCCCCUGCCGCAGCCGCUGGAACCAAGAAAGAAGUACAGAAAGAUCAAGAUGCAAAUAAACCGGCUGUCUCUUCUCCUAAGAGAGCAGCAGCUUCAAGCACCAAGCUUCACUCCCCAGGCUACCCAAAGCAGAGAGCAGCAGCUCCUCGGAAUGGAUUUGCACCCAAGCCUGACCUGCAGGCACGUGAGGCCGAGAGGCAGCUGGUGCAGCGGCUGAAAGACAGGUGCGAGCGGCAGGCCCGGCUGCUCGGCCUCGCCCGUGCGGAGCUGAGAAGGGCCGUCUGCGGCUUCGACGCCCUUGCUGUGUCCACGCGGCAUUUCUUUGGAAAGAAUGAAAGUGCCCUUGUGAAAGAGAAAGAGCUGUCAAUCGAACUUGCAAACAUCAGGGAUGAAGUUGCCUUUAGCACAGCCAAGUGUGAGAAACUACAAAAGGAGAAGGAGGACCUGGAGCGGCGGUUCGAGGACGAGGUGCGCCGGCUGGGCUGGCGCCAACAGGCCGAGCUCCAGGAGCUGGAGCAGCGGCUGCAGCUGCAGUUCGAGACGGAGAUGGCGCGCCUGCAGGAGGAGCACCACGGCCAGCUGCUGAGGAUCCGAUGCCAGCACCAGGAGCAGGUGGAGGACAUCACCGCCAGCCACGAGGCCGCUCUCCUGGAGAUGGAAAGUAACCACACUGUGGCCAUCGCCAUCCUGCAAGAUGACCACGACCACAAAGUGCAAGAGCUGAUGUCUGCCCACGAGCUGGAGAAGAAGGAGUUGGAGGAAAAUUUUGAAAAGCUGCGGCUCUCAUUGCAGGACCAGGUGGACACGCUGACCUUCCAGAGCCAGUCCCUGCGAGACCGCGCCCGGCGCUUCGAGGAGGCUCUGAGGAAGAACACGGAGCAGCAGCUGGAGAUCGCCCUGGCCCCGUAUCAGCACUUGGAAGAGGACAUGCAGAGCCUGAAGCAGGUGUUAGAGAUGAAGAAUCAGCAGAUCCACCAGCAGGAGAAGAAGAUCCUUGAGCUGGAAAAGCUGGCGGAGAAAAACAUCAUCCUGGAGGAGAAGAUCCAGGUGCUGCAGCAGCAGAAUGAAGACCUCAAAGCAAGGAUCGACCAGAACACGGCUGUCACCAGACAACUGUCGGAGGAGAACGCUAAUCUGCAGGAAUACGUGGAGAAGGAGACCCAGGAGAAGAAGAGACUGAGCCGAACCAACGAGGAGCUGCUUUGGAAGCUGCAAACCGGGGAUCCAACCAGCCCGAUUAAACUCUCCCCCACGUCUCCAGUUUACCGAGGCUGCUCCUCCUCGGGGCCCUCCUCUCCAGCCAGACUCAGCACGACGCCCAGAUGACGUCACCGCGCAGCCUAGGGGAGCUCCGGCUUCCGGUCCACCGCGAGGGCGGACUGACCCGGGCCCGGCCCGGAGCCGGCCCAGCGCGCAUGCUCAGUAGCUGCAUCCUGCCUCGUAGGCCGCGUCCUCUGCCCCCCACCGUGUGAGACUGUCCUGGUGUUGUUGGCAUUUAGGAAGGUGUGUGAUGUGCAAGCGUUUUACCAUAGUUAGCGCCAAAAGAGAGAGAACUCCAGUUCUCGAGGGAAGUUCCACUGCAGAAUUUCAGGUUAGUCACAAAAAGCUCAAUUUUCAAUAUACACUCAGCAAUCGUUGUGUACUGCACCGAGAUGUGUGUGUAUUUAGAUACACGGAUAUACACAUGCGGCGGUUCUCAGUUGCAUUUUUUUAUAACGUCAAGUGCUGACAUAUUUUAGUCAUGGUCAGCAGUUUUCUAACUCGUGCCUAAGAAUUAUUGGGAAAUGACAAUGCAUUUCUAUCUAGUUUCCCAGGAAUAUUUCUACCCAAAAUAGAAAAAGGAAAAAAAAAAAAAACCAUACGGAGCAAAAGCGCCUUUGAACCUACCACCAAGUGGUACUCUAUCUAGCAUAAACACCAGCCAUCUGUGAACGGUAACCGCCUUCGUGAGAGUCAGCUUGUCAGUCCGUCCCAGGUGAGGGCUUCACUCGCAAGGUCUAGUUCGGAGCGGCUCUGCCCUGCGUGGCUAAGGGCAGCCCUGAGAAAGCCCAGGGGAAUCCGCCGCUUUGCAGGUGUUCCGCACCACAGCGACUCAGCUACUGAUUUCGUCCUGUGUGGCAUCUCAGAAUCGAGCUGUAAACUUUCGGGAUCCUUGAGAGAGAGAGGGAGGGUGAGGGUGACCCUGGAGGUGACCGAGACCCUCAGUGCACCAUUCCUUAGGAAGGGAAACUGGCAAGCGACGGGGCCUCUGUCUGCACCAGGCUUGCUGCGAGGCUGUUGCUAAAUGCGCUCAAUUCGUUGGAAGCCGACCUCAGACUUGCAUUUCCUAGGUAGGCUUCCCUCUUCCGUUUGGUUCAGCGACUCGGCUCCGUCACUGCACAUGAAGAUGGCUCAGGGGUUCCGGCAGAGGCUUCCAGAAAAGUCAUUCUGGUGGGUGGCCAAGCAGUGCUCCCCCCCCCCCACGGUGGUCCUGUCUCGGGCCGAGAAAGCUCUCCCAGACAGGGGCCGGGGCGCAGUGGCACAGCCGGUGAGGGCUCCCUGGCCACCGGCCUGGCAUCUGUCUGGGACACGGUAGCGUUAGGAUACAAAGAGGCAUCCCCGUGGCAGGUGGAAGGCACAAGUGACAGAAGUAGUUUUGACCGUCAGUGGGGGUGAUGGCGCCUUUGUCUAAGACACCCUGAGCGUGGGCUGAGCACACCCAAGGCACGCAGUUCCAGGCAGGGGUCUUGCGAGGGCUCAGAACCAGGGAACGGCAGGCAGGAGGCCACGGCAGGGGCGUGCCCAGAGCGCGUGCGUGUGGCUUGCGUUGGUGACAUGAGCCCGGGGGUCGGGCUUCCUGGCCUGGGGGCGCAUCUCGUUUUCUCUCAACCCUGCAGGGGCCUUGCCCGUGCUGGGGACACUCACGGUAGAUAGACAUUGAAGACACAUUUCUUUUUGCUUCCGUGGCUCUGCAUGCUGCUGUAAUGUUGGGGUUGGGCAUCCUGUUAGAGUAGAUCCUGCCAUGAUUAUUUAUUCUCUCGGCGGGCGCAGGCUGCCGACAGCAGCUGGGCUGCAGCUUCGCUGUCUUGCGUAACCGCCGCCUGCCAAACGCAGUCACCCAGCGAUACAGACUCCCCCGUGAUGUUAGCGUGUGGUGCCGUGUGUUAGGCUGUGCGCUCAAAGUUGUAGCGAUGGUAGCGCUAAGUGAUCCCUCACCCACCCGGUGGACCCGACCUUUGCCCUGGACAGCCGUGACCUUGGGGUUGAGCUGAUGUCCACAUGACCCUGGCUUUGUUUUUUGCUUCAUGGACGCCCAUCACGUCUAGCUCUUCAUCGGAGUCAUUUCUGUUUCCGACACACAUGGGACAGCAGCUAGUGCUGCUGUGCCCCGUCCUGGACAUUCCCCCCGAACACACACAAUUGGGGCUGGGACUUCUCUCUGCCUCUGUCUCCAUUCCCAGCUGGGGGGCAGGGGCCCGUCACAGACGUAGACGCUGCAGCGGGAAAGCCCCGUCUCGUAGCAAUCGGGAGACAUGACCGUGGCCUGGGUGUCAGCCUGGGGCGGGAGUGGGAUGGAGGUCUGGCACUCUCUGGGAUUAGUCGAAUGGGGUCACCGCGUUCCUCCUCCCUUCAGUUUCUGUGUUAACGUAUCUGUGUUUAAAGCCUAUUAAAAUGAACA